AUGGUAGAAAUAAAAAUGCGAAAUGGUGAUGUUCUCAUUACCUUGGGGUUCGAGGGGGAACAGAAAAGAUUCCAAAAGGGGGUUAAAUCCCUUGUUGGGAUACUCCUCAAAAAUUUGGUCUUCAAUUUGUAUUACUCUUUGGACAGAAUUAAAGAGAACAGUGGCAUAAAAAGGAAUGACAGUGGAAGCUCAAAAAUGAAUAGUAGAAGAAAGUUGGACAAGUCCAAGAAGAACAUUGAGAAGUGCAUUGACUUGUGUCUAGUAGUUUUGAAAACGUUACAGGGGGAUCAAUAUUUCUUUUCUCAGUAUGUGCUAGAGAACUACUCUUCAAUUAAUUUAAGUCACAAUGAUAAAAGGAGGGAGGGGAAGGAAAAAAAAAACAAGAACAAGUUCGAUGACGCCCUUUUGAUGUACCACUCGUAUAGCAAUUCGCAGCCGUCGAAAUGGAAAAAUAGAUCGACGAGUAGGAUUAACGGAGUAUGCCUAAAUGUAGAUGAUACGCGAAAGCACAGCAUGUUCAUAGGAGAUAAGGAAGUCAACUCUUAUGUUAACAAAAUUGUAACGAUAGACUCGUACAUAGACAAACAUAAGAUGUACUCCAAAGGGGAAUUCAUUUGUGAACUAAAUAAUUUUUUAAAUGAGUUUUAUUUGAAGAAGGGACCCUCAAAUGAGGAUCAUGCCAGGUUUCGCUUGGCCCAAAAGGGAGAAGAAAAAAACAUAAUGGAUGACGACUGUGUAACGAAUAAUUUAUUCUCAGAGUACUUUAACAACUGCAGAAGGAACAACAAAUUGGUGAAUACGCUAAUAAAAGAGGUGAAUUUACAAAGCUUACGAAGUUUCCAUCGCGUUUUAUGCAAGAAUAUUAAUUUUAUCAGAAUAAUGCAUGAACGUUCAGGCAAAAAAUCAACAUUGUCGGAUUAUGAGCUCCAGCUAGCCAAAGCGGAAAUGAUGAUGAACAAACUGGAAAAGCUGGAAAUUGAGUCUUAUGGCGAAUUGGUAAAAUGGGGCAUUUUGGGAAAAAGGCUAAAUAUGGAUAUUCACUGGAAAAUCAUCAAAGAAUUGUAGAGAGUGGCUUCUUUGCAGAGUUUUCCAAGAUGGAGAGAGGCACAAACAGAAAAUGGAGGUUUUUCCUGAUGGAGAAAUAAAGAUGAACAUCUCGGACGGAUGCAUUAUCGGUGAGAUCCCGAUGGACACCAAGGCAUAUAUGAAUUUCUUUUUAACCCCACGUUAUUUUCUGUA